AUGCUGGUGGUGUCUAUGCUGGCUUUGGCGGUGUCUAUGCUGGCGUGGGCACAAUCUAUCACUCUUGCUGGCGGUGUCUAUGCUGGCGUUGUCUAUGCUGGCGUUGGCGGUGUUUAUGCUGGCGGUGUCUAUGCUGGCGUUGGCGGUGUCUAUGCUGGCGGUGUCUACACUGGCGGUGUCUAUGCUGGCGUUGGCGGUGUCUAUACUGGCGGUGUCUGUGCUGGCGGUGUCUAUGUUGGCGUUGGCGGUGUCUAUGCUGGCGGUGUCUAUACGGGCGGUGUCUAUGCUGGCGUUGGCGGUGUUUAUACUGGCGGUGUCUAUGCUGGCGUUGGCGGUGUCUAUGCUGGCGUUGUCUAUGCUGGCGUUGGCGGUGUCUAUGCUGGCGGUGUCUAUGCUGGCGGUGUCUAUGCUGGCGUUGGCGGUGUCUAUGCUGGCGUUGGCGGUGUCUAUGCUAGCGGUGUCUAUGCUGGCGGUGUCUAUGCUGACGUUGGCGGUGUUUAUACUUGCGGUGUCUAUACGGGCGUUAGCGGUGUCUAUACUGGCGGUAGCUAUGCUGGCGUUGGCGGUGUUUAUACUGGUGGUGUCAAUGCUGGCGUUGGCGGUGUUUAUACUGGUGGUGUCUAUGCUGGCGGUGUAUAUGCUGGCGGUGUCUAUGCUGGUAUUAAUCGUCAGUGUAAUCAUGAAUAUAAUCGUAGUGCUGUAUAA